GUCCCUGCGGACCGCCGCGGAGCCCGAGAAGGAAGGGGAGUGGAGGGGCGGUCCCAGGGGAAGGAGGGCGGGGAGAAGCGGGGGCUCCGGGACGAGCCUCCUGUGGGUCCCGCCCCCGUCACGUGGGCUCCAGACCCGGCCGCUGCCGCUCGGUCCGCUGGUUGGUCGGUCAGUUGGUCGGUGGGUCAGUGGCCUGCAGCUCGGUUCUCGGCUCUCAUGUUCGGAGGUGGGAGGGACACGGGAGCGGCCCUCACACCUGAGCCGCCCGGAGAGGAGCCCAGCACCCAGUAAGACAAGAAGAAGACUGAGGGGAGAGGAGCCAUGGCUUCGGAUGCCAGUCACGUGCUAGAAGCUGCCUUGGAGCAAAUGGACGGGAUCAUUGCAGGCACUAAAACAGGUGCAGAUAUCGGUGACAGUAGCUGCGAGCCUGCACUGGCCUCUCCGGCCUCCCACACGAACCCUUUCCCAGUGCUCCAUCUCGUUGAGGACUUGAGACUGGCACUGGAGAUGCUGGAGCAUCCUCAGGAGAGAGCAGCCCUCCUGAGCCAGAUCCCGGGCCCCACAGCUGCCUACAUAAAGGAGAGCUUGUCCCAGGUGAAUCACCACGGUGCUGCUAGUAAUGAAACGUACCAGGAACGCUUGGCACGUCUAGAAGGAGAUAAGGAGUCCCUCAUUUUACAGGUGAGUGUCCUCACAGACCAAGUGGAAGCACAAGGAGAAAAGAUUCGGGACCUGGAGGUGUGCCUGGAAGGACACCAGGUGAAACUCAAUGCCGCCGAAGAGAUGCUUCAACAGGAGCUGCUAAGUCGCACAUCUCUUGAGACCCAGAAGCUUGAUCUGAUGACUGAAGUUUCUGAGCUGAAACUCAAGCUGGUUGGCAUGGAGAAGGAGCAGAGAGAGCAGGAGGAGAAGCAGAGAAAAGCAGAGGAGUUACUGCAAGAGCUCAGGCACCUCAAAAUCAAGGUAGAAGAGUUGGAGAAUGAACGGAAUCAGUAUGAGUGGAAGCUGAAGGCCACUAAGGCUGAGGUAGCCCAGCUGCAAGAGCAGGUGGCCCUGAAGGAUGCAGAAAUUGAGCGCCUGCACAGCCAGCUCUCCCGGACUGCAGCCCUGCACAGCGACCACGCAGAAAAAGACCAAGAAAUUCAACGUCUGAAAAUGGGGAUGGAAACUUUGCUUGUUGCCAAUGAAGAUAAGGACCGUCGGAUAGAGGAGCUCACGGGGCUGUUAAACCAGUAUCGGCGGGUGAAGGAGAUCGUGAUGGCAACUCAAGGGCCUGCAGACAGAACUCUCUCAAUCAAUGAAGAAGAACUCGAGGGAAGUUUCCGAAAGUGGAACAGUACAAACAAAGGCCCUGACGAAUUACUUAAGCCAGAGAUGCCUCCAAGAUGUAGCUCUCCCACCGCGGGGCCACCUCCACUCCCGCAGAAAUCACUGGAAACCAGGGCUCAGAAAAAGCUCUCAUGUAGUCUAGAAGACCUGAGAAGUGAACCUGUGGACAAGUGUGUCGAUGGGAACCAGCUCUCCCCAGUGAUAGAACCCAAGGACGGCCCUUUCCUGGCAGAGCACAAAUACCCCACAUUACCUGGGAAGCUUUCGGGAGCUACGCCCAAUGGAGAGGCUGCCAAGUCAACUCCCAUGGCCUCACAGCCCGACCCCACAGGGGGCAGCCUGCUCAGGCUGAGAGACACAGAAAGUGGUUGGGACGACACUGCUGUGGCCAAUGACCUCUCAUCCACAUCAUCGGGCACUGACUCAAGCCCCCAGUCUCCCCUGACGCCAGAUGGUAAACGGAGCCCCAAAGGCAUCAGGAAAUUCUGGGGAAAAAUCCGAAGAACUCAGUCAGGAAAUUUCAACACUGAUGCUCCGGGGAUGGCAGAGUUUCGACGCGGUGGGCUCCGGGCAACCGCAGGGCCAAGGCUUUCUAGGACCAGAGACUCCAAGGGUCAGAAAAGUGACGCCGGUGCCCCCUUUGCCCAGUGGAGCACAGAGCGUGUGUGUGCGUGGCUGGAGGACUUCGGCCUGGGUCAGUACGUGAUCUUUGCCAGGCAGUGGGUGACUUCUGGCCACACUUUACUGUCAGCUACCCCUCAGGACAUGGAAAAGGAGUUAGGAAUUAAGCAACCUCUGCACCGGAAGAAGCUGGUUUUAGCAGUGAAAGCCAUCAACACCAAGCAGGAGGAGAAGUCCGCACUGCUCGACCACAUCUGGGUGACACGUUGGCUUGAUGAUAUUGGCUUACCCCAAUACAAAGAUCAAUUUCAUGAAUCCAGAGUUGAUGGGCGAAUGCUACAAUAUCUGACUGUGAAUGAUCUCCUCUUCUUAAAAGUCACGAGCCAACUACAUCAUCUCAGCAUCAAGUGUGCCAUUCAUGUGCUACAUGUCAAUAAGUUCAACCCCCACUGCCUACACCGGCGGCCAGCUGACGAGAGUAACCUUUCUCCUUCAGAAGUUGUACAGUGGUCUAACCACAGGGUGAUGGAGUGGUUGCGAUCUGUGGACCUGGCGGAGUACGCACCCAAUCUUCGUGGGAGUGGUGUCCAUGGAGGCCUCAUUAUCCUGGAGCCCCGCUUCACUGGGGACACCCUGGCUAUGCUUCUCAAUAUUCCACCGCAGAAGACGCUCCUCAGACGUCACCUAACCACCAAAUUCAAUGCCCUGAUUGGUCCUGAGGCUGAACAGGAAAAGCGAGAGAAAAUGGCCUCCCCGGCUUACACACCACUGACCACCACAGCCAAAGUCCGGCCAAGGAAACUGGGAUUUUCACAUUUUGGAAACAUAAGAAAAAAGAAAUUCGAUGAAUCGACAGACUACAUUUGCCCAAUGGAGCCCAGCGACAGUGCUGGUGACAGUCACAGGGUCUACAGUGGCUACCGGGCCCUCAGCCCCCUCGAUGCCCCUGAACUGGAUGGGCUGGACCAGAUGGCGCCUUCGGAAGGCACUGUGACGCAGAUAGGGCUCCUCUCCCAAGACAUUCACCGUCUCACGACUAUGCUGAGCCAGGACCAGCUGCUGAACGACUCUCUCCUGGCGGCUCCCAACCCUGAGGACUGGAGAUGACUUUCUUCAUGGCCAAGAGGCCAGAGAGGCACGUGUGGGGGCCCCAAGUCUCUGCUUCAAGGGGGGCUGGCACAGCCACCCGCAGAGUCCAGACGGGCUGGCAGGACAUCUUGGAACGUGGGUGCUGACAGGAGCGAGCAGAGUGGUGAACAGAUGUCAGGGGGUGGGCCCAGGGGGCCCCGUGUUUUCAACUGUACUGUGCUCUUCACCACAGCUUUAAUACCUUUUGUACUUUUAUACGUGGACUGCACCCCACUUCUGUGGGGAGGGCAGUGAGACAUCAGCACAGACUCGAUUCAAUGGCUCACGCUCUUCCCUGAGACAGUUGGGAGGUUCUUACACCAAAGGGAAAGGGCAAUGAGUUCAUAAAAGCUCUGCUGUUAAGAAAAUCCUGAAGACAAUGUUCUGGCUGUACUGGAGUGGCUGGAAUGAAAGGGGGCCCCUCCUGGGCUGCUUCCACACACAGGGAGUACUUCAUCCACAGGAACCUGGCCAGGGCGUUGGUGUUCAGGGUGACUGCAGGGAAGGAGCGAUGGGCCUCUCUUCCCACUGCCCCAACUGCCCUCAUCCUACCCUCCUCUGCAACAGAGGUUGUCAGUGCUGGGCCUCCUCCAGAGUAGAGGCUGCUCUAACACGUGCAGGCACUCAAGCUCUCCCUAGCUGACAGGCAGCACAGGCUCCAAAGUGCGGUUGUCUGAUCAAAUGGCUCCCCCCAGUGGACAGUGCUUGCUUACCCCAAACCAACGGUUCCACCGCCACUCGCCAUCUUCCCAGAGCAGCCUGUUCCUCUGGGGUGUCUCCUACCUCACCCCACGUGCCCCAGCCAUACUGUCCCGCCCAAACGGUCUCCCCACUUGGCAGAGCCCUGUCCUCUUCCUCCCUGUGGUGGCUUGGGCCUCCUCUCUCCUCUGAUUUCCAAAGCUGGUCUCCUCCUUGGUCCAUCACCUUCCCAAUUGGUCCCUCCAAAGGUUCUCUACCUUACCCCAGAGUGGCCUUCCCAAAGCACUGUUUUGAUCCUGUUACCUUUAUGCUAAGAACGCCUCAGUUCCAGAAGCCAGAGUAGAGUUCAAAAGCCUUUGCUAGCACCCAAGGCCGUUCAGAAGCCACUCUGUAGCCUGUGUCUCUGCGUUUCCCCCACCGUGGGACCUACUUUUCCCCCGUGGUCCCCUUCACAAGACCCAGCAUGACACCACUUCUUUCAGGAAACCUUCACUGGUGUGUUGGUUAGAGGUCCCUGUGUCCCACUGUGUAGUCUGCCCUUGAGCCCGAGCCCUUCCUGGCUCACCCUGAAGUACUGUGUCUUCCUUUCCAUAGCCUCUCAGCACAAACUCACCAAGCAACCUGCUAUGCGUGGGCUCCUGUACAGACCAGAAUAAGAGCCAAUGCUGGUCCUUAGACUGCUUAGGGCCUCCAUGCUGCCAAGUUCCCCAUCCACCCACCCCUUCAUAUGUGCGGGUUAAGCAUGUUCCAUGCCAGGCUCUAAGAAGGGCUACAGAUACAGACAGGCAUGAAUGUCAAGGUCCUUGUCUGAGGGUGCUGAUGGUCUAGUGGGGGGUGUACAUCUGUUUCAAACAGGCAUGUGCUGAAAGUUACAGAGGCUCCAGUAGAAGUCUCUACAGCCUGAAAGAACAAGGUGUCCUUUUUAAUGGAGAGCUGGGGGAGGGGACUGAAAACGACUUGGAUUUCAGAGAUGAAUCAGGUUCCCCAAGGGUGCCAGAGGGGAAAGGCAUUCCAGGCAGAUGGACAUGGAACAUGCCAGCACAUCCCAGGAAGUGCCCAAAGUUGCUAAAACCAGAGAACAGUUUCUCAACCUCUGCGCUGCUUUCACUUAGGGCUGAAUAAUUUGUCGUGAUGGGGGCUGGUUUGUGUGUUGUAGGAGGUUUCGUGGCAUCCUCUACCCCUGUCUGCCGCCUCUGGUUGUGACAACCGAAAAUGUCUCCUGACUUUGCCAAAUGUUCGGGGGGGGGGGGGGGGGGGUGCAAAACUGCCCCCUAGCUGAGAACCACUGGGCCACAGAAUGGGGUAAAAGUUGGAGGCCCAGGGAAGGAAAAAUCUGGUGAAGUCAGCUGGAGUCAAAUCAGGAAAGGCCCUGUGAGCCAGGUCCCUGUGAUUUAUCUUGGAGACACAGGUGGCCAGAUGGGGACUAGUGAAAGCAGGGACAAGCAUGGGAAGAUGUGUGUUAGAGAAAAAUAUCUGCGAGUAGGCUCUUCCUCACCCUAUAGCACCUGGCAGAGUAUCUUUCCCCAAGUAGGGGAUUCACUGAGGGGGCACUGAACACACAAAUGAGUGAAGGCUCACCGCCCCCAGCCCCGCCACCGUGGCGCCCCUACUGGCCCUCAGGGGAUCAUCCCUGUAGGCAGGGCAUAGCUGCACUUCAGUGAGAUCUCUAGAGCCGUUUUCCUUUGUCCUGUACCCAACCCCCGCCCCCCCCCCCCCCCCACACACACACAUGGUGACACCAGUUUGCAGCAACACUACCAUCCAGUUUCUGUAGAAAGGCAAUGUCUUGGAUUAAACACAGCCGGGUCUGAAGCCCACCCCUGCCACCUCCUGUUGGAAUGACCUGGGGGCAAGAACUUCAUCUUGGAGCCUCAGUUUUCUCCUCUGUAACUUGGAGAAUAACUCCCCCCGUAGAAUCUCUGGCUUGUUAUGAGAAUGAUGAGAAGUAAAGUGCAGAAAGGUUCUACCCACUCACAGUGACAGAGAAGCAUAUCAGCCUGGCCAGGAACAGCAGAGGCCAUCGUGGUCACUUGUAUGAUUUGGGUUUAGCAACGUGAAGGAUUUAAGGAAUAGCUCCUGGAGCCUACUCUUGUUUGCAAAUUCAGAAGCUGCUAUAUUAACCACCCUGGGCACCAUACUGGGAUGCUAGGAAAACCACAGCCCUGGCCUGUGUUUGUUGCAUAAAGCCCAGGAGUCCAGCAUUCCUGGAGCCUGCCUACCCUGUGGAUUUACUACUACCCUAAUACAUUUGAACAUCAUUCCCACUUCAAGGGUCUGCCACAAAGGAAGGAAGGAUGCACGUGGAAGGUGCCUAGGCCCUCCAGUAGGUCUGGCCUUAAACACAGGAUACUCUGAAGAGGGGUGUUCAGGAGACAGAUUGGAAGCUGACGUGACCCCACUUGGAUUCUUCUGGAAUUCUGCCCCUGCACUUUUGCCAGUCCUGACCUCCUUGGGACAGAGAACAGUUCACAUGUAGGGCUGGCCAAGGCCUUCUAACCUUCUAAAACUGCCUAGCAGGUGUCCCACAAGCCCCAUCUCAUGAGCUGUCUGCUUUGGACUGAAGCUUAUCUCACUAAACUAUGGGAAGAGCUACGAAUUGAGCCUCCCAAGCAAGGCGGUCUCAGAAACCAGUUUAUCUCCAACCCUGUGAAUGCUGCUUUGUAGGCCCACACCCAGAAAAGGAGCGAUGUGCCCAAGGGUGCAUUACAGGCAUUUGUGAACACACGCCACUUUAAUGUGCUGAGGCAGAGCUCACUCUGAAACAGAGGAAAGGGACCAGGCAGAUUUGCUAAGAGCAAGGGAGGUAUUAGUAAGUGAAAAUCAUGUCCUUGGUAUAACCCAGUUUCUCCAGAUUAGGGUGAGCGGCUGUCUGGAUCAGGGGCAGGGGUCCACACACCAGGAUGAACAUGGACUGCCCGGGAGGAGGGAGGUGCUCCUUGAUCAUGUUGGCAGUGAUGUAGCCUGAGCUGUACUUCCAGCCUGAAAUGAAGCAGAAGUAGAAAAAAGCUGUGGGUGUGCCAGGUGGAGUCCCUGACCCCAAGCCUCCUGCCUGGCCUCCCUAGAGAAGGAACCCAGGCUGCUCUCCAAGCCUUAGAAGCCUGCGUUGCUGUUCUCUGCAGAGAAGCCGCAAAGUCAAGGACCUGGUAGGCUCAGGCAGCCUUCAGAAGUGUCUACCCCCAGAUCCCAGGCUCACUGCUGGGACUCUGAGGCCCCCAGCAGGUGUCUGAUGCUGCCGGCACUGUCAGGGAUGGAGAACACAAUAGUGGAGUGUGGUCUGAGUCAUGGCAGAGAUCUGGGGCCCUACAGACUGAGGUUUGCGGCUCAGUUGGGGGCGCCCUCUGCUGGGCAGUGAGCUAUAUGACAAGGCAGGUGCAGUUCAGCGCAGCAGGAGAGUGACAGCCACGGAUGGUGGGCUGUGCGUGGUGCUAGCCACGUGCUGGCAGCCACGUGCUGGCUAGGGUCACAGCAGCUGGCUGGGGCUUAGCACGUGAUGACUGCUAUCCAGGAGAGGCCGGGUGGUAAGGGAGAAGGGGUCACUGGCCAUAUUAGAUGCCACGUGUGUGCUAUCUCUGUGGGAUGCUGUAUCAAGUGUAGCAUGGAGUGGGUGUUCAGACUGACUCAAUGACUCAGUGUCCCUCUGAGUCCCUCCUGAGGUUCAGCGCGUAUAUGGACUGCUGCUGAGAUAUCACACACAUGUCCUUGAGUGCUCUCACAAACAGGUCAUCCCAAAUCCUCUCUCCCUCAAAUCCCUCCAUUUCCCAUGCAGAGACAGAGCUGAAGGUCUCAGCCCUCGAGCACAGAUCCAAAAACCAAACCCAGGGACCAGUUCCUGAGGUGGGUCAAGGGUUGGAGCUAACCCACAGUGGGUACAAUGGGGAUCGUACCAACAGGAGGCCUGUCCAGGGUGUACCACAGGCUGAACUGUUCCGGGUGAGUUCUGGCAACUUCUUCAAGCUCUUUUCUCACCAAGAUAUCCUCCUCUGUCUAGAAAAUAAGGAACGUGAGCAAAGCCCCUCCAGGGACAUCCUGCUUGUCCCCCACACUGGGCACACGGGUCAGCACACGUCUGCCCAAGCUGCCACUGCUCUAGUUGGAUGCUGUCACCACGGCUCCUGGGGCAAAUGAAGGUUCUGCGGCACUUCCUGCACUACCAACCCUCUCUCGUGGGUGGAGGAGGUGGGCUGUGCGGCAGAGGCGGUGACUGUCCUCAGCUGGAAGGACACAGCUGAGCACAGGUGCACAGGCUGGGUGGCCUCAUUCUGACGGCCCAGACCCCCACCCCCAUCCACACUGAGCACCAGGCUAUCCUGCCGGGCUGGACCGAGCUUAGUGUGGGCCCAGGGAGUGCAAGGGGCAAAGGCCAUAAUAUGGAAAGAAGAUCGCACCUAACACCACAGCACUGGAGAGCUACGGGACAGGAAAGCAAAGGCUGGAGCUCAUCUGGGGAAAGGGAGCCAAAGCCACGAGAAACCUGUGCCAGGCCCAGAGGUACCACACAGAGGACCUGGACCUCAAGACUCUUCACAGUUCCUGCACCAGCAAUCCUACUCCUGGGAUUCUGUUUAAGAAAAUAAUCUAAAAGGCAUCAAGCCUAGGCUAUAUUGUUCAUCACUAUAUACUUGACAACUGGGAAAACUGAAAACAAUCUGAAGGCAGAAGAUGUAGUAAAUUAUGGUGCAACUUGGUACAGACUGAUGAAAAUAUGUACAAAGAGUUUUGACGAGAAGAAAGUGUGUGGUAAUGCUGGGU